CAGUACUGCGCGCCAGUGGCCGGAGCCCGCAUCGAAGCCAGUUGUCGUCUCACAAUGGGACGAAGUUGUGGUUUUUUCUGGUUUUUCGUGUGGUUCGCGGCUCUCGUGAAACACAUCGAGUUUCCUGACGUUUUACGAAUGUGAAUCCCCAGUGGGCACAGCGUCCACAGGAACAGGAUAGUUCCCGAAGGAUUCGAAGCAGCUUUGGUGUCACACUGGGCGGUGUCAGGUUAGGUUUCGAAGAGAGGUGAACAAAAUAAACUGCAAAACUGGCGGGCCUGGCGAGUUGCGUUUCGACAGUGGUCGACGACGAAGAACAGGAGGAGCUGCGGUGCACAGGAAGCGACGUUGAGAUCGAGGAGUACACCGACACCGACGACUCGCCAUAUGUCGCUUAUCAGGUCACUGAUAAGCUGUUCGACACGGACAGGGUGGCCUGGCAAAAAUUCAGCUUCGUCGCAACCCUUCUGAUCGUCGUCGUCUCCAUUACCUUUUUGAUUAUCACCUAUCCCCUUUAUCUCGAGAGCGUCAGCUACGUGUCCAACGCAUACACAGGACUUCUCUUCACUGCCUUCUGCUCUGCCUUCAUCCUGGGCAUAAUAUGUUUCAUCGCAGGAAGAGUAUCUCCACCACCCGCCCUGAUUCCAAACAGCAUGCGAAUCAAGAUCCCUCGUUGUGCUCUGCUCAAAAUCAGUCUCAUCUAUGCUCUCUCUGGCAUAGUGAUCACGCUUUGCUUGGACCAGGACAGGGUCCUCUGUCAUCUACAAGAUCCCAUAAAAGGCAUUACUCUUGUCUUUUCCCUGGUCUACUAUUUCUUCUUUUGUCGCAAAAUGAUGAGCUUGCAGAGGAUCUUCUCAAGCACGACGAUAAUUGUGGGUCUCUUCAUAAGCGUUGAUUAUGGCCUCUGUGAUCAAUUUCGGUGUAGAGGACAGGAAGUUUCGGGUCAUACCACAACUAUGAGAGGAUCUUGGGGCGUGAAGGCCAUUUGGACAUUCGUUUAUGUCGGUGCGCUAGCCGCUUUCGCUAUGUUCUUCACUUUGCUCGAGGCCCAUUAUACCACUGAGCAACAGAAUAUGUGUCAAAUAAUGGCGAGCCAACAGAACUCUUUCCUUUAUACGGUAUCAAGAUUGGUAUCGUCACGAGACAUCCGUCGACGAGGUUCUGAAGAAGAGGGAGGCAGAUUGCUCCACGUGACAGAUCCUGACCCCACCAUAAAACCAAAACAUAUUCCAAAACCUCCGAUCCUCGAAACUCUCUUCUAUAUUCACUUAAUCGCGUUCUUCGCCAUUUUAUCGAUGUCCUGGAUCGACACGUUGCCAGGAAUAGGCAGAGGAUUAUCUCCAGCAGAGCUAUACCGCGUGGUGGAGCAUGGACUCAUGUGUCACUUCAAAAACAGCGACAACUGCUCAAAUAUUUCUACUCGUGGCUGGAUCUUCUUAAUAGCCUAUAUCAUCUUCUCAAUUUCUGUAUUGAACUUCUUGUCUAUAAGUGAGAGCGCUGUCUUCACUGUUGCUACCGCCACUGUGUCCCUUCCAUUGUCUGUAAUCUGGUGGAGCAUCUAUAAAAUGGAUGUUCACGGCCGUUUCAUCACAUGGUCUCCCGGAGUGACGGGAGAGUUAAUCUGCGCUCUGCUGGGUCUUCCUGUGGUCCUUCUAGGCCUAGGUCUUCUCGUCAGAUCGCAUUUCCAUGACACUCAGCCCUGCUACUUGACCAUGCAACCACCUGACGUACAGUGUGAAUCUUCUCAAAGAUGAACAUCUUUCAGGAAACCAUCUAGAGUCUUUGUAUUUAACUCUACAGCAUAAAGGAUCCAUAAUAAUCAUUCUACAAAUUUUUGUUUAAACGUAUGAAAAAAAAAGCAGAAGAAAUCGAACGUCAAUAUUUUAUAGAAAUUAAAGAUAUAGGGGUAAGAAGGAGAAAGAAGAUGCUUUGGGAGUAGCAUGUGCAAGAACACGUGUAGUGAGAGCUCUGCAAUCGACUGGGGUAGUGACUUAAUUAACUUUUUAACCGUUGUAGCCCAAAGCCCAGUUAAGCAAACUGCCAAAUAUAUUGUAGUAGUUGAAAAUGAUACGGUGAAUUCGUAAAGUUAAUCAAUGAUUAAAACUUACAACUUUUUGUGACACAACAAGUAAUUUGUUGUGACGAAAUAGGAUCAUACGGACUUAGAGCAGUUAGGCCAGUUCUACAUCAGUUCUGAACCGAUUCUUUCUUUGCACUGUGUUUGAAAAAGUUUCUCUUUUUUUAUCUAAUUAAUUAAUCCUGUGAAAGGAUUAAUCUUAAGUUUUGUUUUCUAUCAGUAUUAUUACAUUUAUGGAUACUACAGAAACAAAUAUAGAAAACUGGCUUUACCGCCCCUGAUCGAUGGAGUGACCUCUCUUGAACUGGAGGAAAGCUUUCUGUGCACAGUUGUGAUAAAGGAGGUGGCAUGGACCCGGGGAAAGCAAUAAUAUCGACUAUCUCGUAUACGCGAAAUAAAGAAAAAGAGCGAAAGAGAAAGAGGAGGAGGAAGGAGAGAAGCGAUCAAUGUUUCCUAUGUAAUUUGCCAGCGAGAACAUCCGUCUAGUCACACAACGUUAUUGCCGAUUUAUAUUUUAUUUUGAUAACGAGAAUAUUUAAUAUUUUCGAAACAAAGAACGUUCGAAUUAUACGUGUUGAGAAUAUAUGUGAAUAGGUGUGCGUGCGUGUAUAUGUGAAUGAGUGUGUCAGAGAAAGAAACAAAAAAUACAGAAGAUAUUUUAUAAACUCAAAGUAUAAUAGUGUGUACUGGAUUGAAAGUUGCAUAUUAUUGAAAAGGAUCUGCUUAGAGGUUAGGCUUCUUUGUUAUUCAUUGCCAUGUUUAAUGAAUCUAGCAACAGAAAUUGAGAAUCUAAUGUCUCUGUUGAAAUAUCGAAGAAAAUAGAGCGGUUCAAUCUGUCUAUAAUAUUAACUCUCUAUAACUCUGACUCUAUAACUCUAUAACUGUAAACAGAAACAUACCAAUUUGGCUUCUAAUAUGUUCCCAAGUCGCCAUAUUGGGAUUAUAGCCAUUUUUUUAACAAAUAUGAAAGAAGACAAAAUGACGUGAUUGAAUCUUCACAGGUACACCUUUUUAGAUAAAAAAAACUUACAAACUUUGAUUUUAUAAAAUUUUUUGGGAUGUUAUAUUUGAAGUAUAGAGCUUUUACUGUCUGAUGGCAAAACAAUUACCGGUUUAUCGCGAUUCUGUGAUCCUCCAUUUCCACUUCGUGCACACGCGAAUAUUUAGAUAAGUAUAUUUGCCAAAGAUAGGAGAAGAAGAAUGUUAAACGUCAGAUUUUUCAGUCUUAGAAAUAGAGUAUAAACGCGAGUGUGUGCGUACGCGUGAAAGCACAAUUUUACACGAACAAAUAUGGUGCACGAACAAAUUCGAACUAGUCGGAGUAACUUACAUGAGACAUGUUUCUACUUAACAAAAUUUCUGAUCUCUUCAGCGCAAACUGUGCGAUCCUUUUUUAUAUUUUUACAAAAUUCAUUCACGUGGAUAAUCCUGUUGAUAUUCUUGACCAUUUUAAUUAUUUAUCGCAACUAUUUAUGCGAAAAUAAUUCUACGCUUUCAGUAUUAUUCUAUUAGUAUUCUGUGUACAGAGUGUUUCUAAAACAUUAAAUAAGUAGAUGAGUUAUCUUAUAUGAAAUUUAAGAUGUCAUUUAGAAUUUUAAGCCUAUUAUUUUCAUCAAGUAUACAGUGACCAUGAAAACAAGUAGGAAAAACAUAAUUUUAAAAGACAAUUAUUUUAGAAAUGCUUUGAACUGAUAAAUGCAUGUACUUAAUUAACAAAAAUCUUAUGGUUGGAUUGUGGAUAUCAAUACACAUUCACAUUCUUAUGAAUGUAAAGUAAUGAAACCAAAAUGUAGAUUUUGUCUAUGAAAUACUAUAAGAAGUACUUUACUUUGAAUAUUUUAUAUAAUAUAUAUCCAGUAAAUUUUUGUGUCUUUUUCCAUAAAUGUAUAGGUAUCCACAGUCUGCUUAUGAUAGCUGUGUUAGCUCAACUUUUGUAGAAGAGCCUUCUUUUUCUACGUAUUUAGUACUUAGUAUGUAAGCACUGCAUUUUAUCUUAGACGAAUUAGGGUGAAUCGUUUCUCCAUGACUGUCAAUCCCGCUCCUCCUUCUCCUUGGACUGACACGCAGUCCCAAAAGCUGAUCAAAAACCGCUGUCCGCAUAAAAUCAAAAAGAAAUGAGGAUGUGAUUGAAAGUGGCUGAAAGGAAAAUUGUAAAAUUCGUGCCAAAAUAUGAGAUACCGAGUUUUAGUCUGUAGCGACUCGUGUAAACGAUAGCUAAUAAGUAUUUAUUAGAGCCGUACUGAGAAUAGCGUGACACACAUAGACAAGUACCGUGAAUUAAGUGUAGUUUGUUGUUGGCAGAUGUUGAGAUGGUAGAAAUGUAAGAGAAAGAGGAAUAUUCGUUGUUGGAAAUAUGUCAAUCAUAUUCUAUCGCAGAAGCUAUAUACGUCCAUGACUUUUUUACACUGAUAAUAAGCGUUCCAAGUGUAAUUAUAUCAAGAUUGCAAGAAGAAUAGGCUUUGAGAUGGUCUUUGAUGUCAUUAUUUCUAUUUUAUUUAUUCUAUUAGUAUCAUAUUAAUAUUCUCAUAUUGCUGUAACUGAAUGAGAAUAAAACAUUAAAUAGCGUGAUUAGAUUUCACUUGGUACCAUUGGAUUAUAGAUUAUAACCCAACUAUUGUCGUUAUCUCUGAUCCAAUGAUGCUAGUUUUAGAAAUUGGGGAAGUUUAUCAGUGAAUUUUCAGUAAUAUAAUCUUCGCUGAAGAUGAAUUUUUACUAGACCUAUUAAGGUCUAUUCUUCCUGCAAUUUUGCUAUAGCUGCUACAAUAAUAAAAGACGAAAACGGAAGAAAAACAAUAACGAACGUACUACUAUUAUAUUAUUACUCUAUAGUCGCAACAUUUAAUCGUAUAUAUACGUAUACAUAUAUUAAGAAGUAAAUCAUGUUAUACAAUUAACGGAAGACGCAAGAGGGAAGCCGAUUUCAAUUUGUAGCUUUCUUAAUCGACGAGACGUAAAUUGAAUUACAGACGCAGUUACAUACAAAGAAAAUGAUUCUAAACUUUUUUAAAGAAAGCGCAAUUAACGAGUAAAUAAGUUACUCUGGUUCAACGAGGGAAAUAAAUUCGACAGAAGGGAAACUUGAUGAAUCGGAGAAGUUACGCUUAGAGAAGGUUACAAAGUCUAUUAAAGAAUAAAAAAGAAAUAAGAAGAAAAUUAAAAAAAAAGAAGUAAAGAAGAAAAAAAUAGCAAACUGUUGAUUUUUAAUAAUUUAUUUUUUAGCGAAUCAUUUUCUCAUGUGGCUCAAGCACGAUGAGUGUUUUCAUUGUGAAUCAACUAGUCAACACUUCCAGGGCUUUUCCCUAAUUAUUAUCUGAUGCAUAAGACGCUGUUCAAUUGCGCUGGUUGUUAUCGCCAAAUGUUGAAAAGGAUGAAACUAUAUUCUGCGUACAGGAUAUCUAAUCGCUGGCUUUCUGAUAGUGAUUUAUUUUUUUAUCGAACGCUCACGACCUGGGAGGGUUGACCUAUCGUAGGCACAUUCGCUGCUAUUGAUGCAUAUGGUGCGUCGAUGCAGAAUCAAUUUCUUUUUCAAUAUUUGUAUCUUUUUACAUUGUUAUUAAUAUGUUAUAUUCGCUCGGUAUAUCCCUCAAUUAGUUAUUAAGUUAUUAGUUGUUGUAGUGUGCAAUAUUGAAUCAUAGUACUAUAUAUUUUGUAUUUUCGAUCAAAUGAUCUAGGAAGUUGAAGAAAGUAUGAACGUGUUUAUUAUUUAAUAUAUCUUUUAGAAUUGAAUUAUUUCAAGUAAACACACUUCCGAUGAAGUAUUUUGAUAACAGCGAAUGUGUUAAACAAAACAAACAAAAUAACUAACUAGAUAACAAUCGAAAGAGACCCAAAUU